AUGAAUGGUCACUCGGGAGCCAUGUCGCCUGUCUCCGUCGAUGGCAGCGACUGGUCCGGGAUCAACCAAUACCAAAAGACGGAGCCGCCCUUUUCGCCAACCUUCUCUGCUCGAGGCAAUCUUGCCACGCCCCCAACCUCCCAAGGCAUUCCCAGCGCUCCCUUGAGCCCGAACAUUCCGCCUCCCACAGGCAGCGCAAACCCAUCACCGCCCAGCUCGAUAGCUGCACGUUCGAGCGUGGGCACGCUGGGCGACGGUCAACGCGACCCCAGACGAUAUCGACAGAUGGAGGAGAUUCUGGGUCAGCACUAUGCCGCCCUCAAGAGAUUUCUGAAUGCUUCGUACCGCGACGACCGCGGACUCGGUCGCUCCAAUAAAGCCAGAGACAAGUUACUCCGCUUGUCACCCACCCAGUUCCACGAACUCAGUACCGAUGUCUACGACGAACUGGUCCGGAGGCAGCAGGCCAUGCCGCCGCCGGGCCGCCCGCCCAGGCCCGAUGUACCUCCUUUCCUGCCCCCGCGCAAAGAAUUCCACGAAAAGCGCAACCAGGCCCGCCAGAAGCUGGCGUCGCUCCAACACCAACGAUUCCGCGAUCUGGCGACCGACGUGUACUGUGAACUGGAGCGCCGGUUCCCACACUUCACAGGCCAAAACUUCCGUGGCCGACCAGGUAUGCCCCCGGACCCUCGUCGUUCACAGUCUCGAGGACCCCCCUCGCGCAUGGGCAGGGGAUAUCCGUCUGGUGGACCGCCGGGUGCGUUCCCGCCUCGAUCUGGCUCUCUAGGUGGCCCGCCGGGUGGGGAUGGACCAUUUGCGCGAUCGUUCCAAAGCAAUACGAUGGUUCCGAAUAAAAGUACUAUGGUCGAAGAUAGUGACGAUAUGGGUAUGGACGAUGAUGAUGAUGCUCGGAGUGAUGCCUUUGCGUUGGAUGCGGUUCUAAGCAGACGGGGCACAACCACCACGAUUGGCGAGAGUGAAAGAAGACUUUUGACAGAUAGCCAGGCCCAGGUCUCUGCAUUGCAGGAGAAGAUUGACAAGUUGGAAGAGAUGGUUCGUUCCAAGGACGAGGAACUGGCACGGUCGCAGGAUGCUUCGCAAUCUGAAGCGAGCAAGGAACGUGAAGAGUGGGAUGAAUUGCGUUUGGAUCUGGAGGCUAAGGUGGCCAAAGCUGAGGACCGUAAUAGCUCGCUUCAACUGGAACUCGAACGCGUCCGCACAGAGCACGAUGUCAUGGAGCGUGACCUUCGCACCCAGAUCGAAGAUGCCGCCCGAGGCAUCGAGGAUGCGACGUUGGCAACCCGGUACGCAGACCUUGAGAUCAAACACGAUAGCUUGCAAGCCGAGCUGCAACAUCAGCGCAACGUCACGGAAGAGGUCCGGCAGCAAGCAUCCACCUUCCUCAUGGAGAUGAAAACGCUCUCCGAGCAGAGCCAUGCUACUUGGGAACACGAAGAACAGUUGUCCAGCCAGGUCCAUCGGCUGGAGGACGAGGUCAAUGAGUGGAAGCACCGCUACGCCAAGGCGAAGGCACAGCUACGGCACGUCCGCGCCACGUCUGGCGGAAUCGCUGACUCUCGCCCUGACGCCAGCGAGCUCGUCAAGGAGCAUGAACUGGUACAGGUGGACGGAUUGAUCAGAGAUGUUCAUGUCACCAAGUUCCAGAUGGCUGUGGACGAGCUGCUCCGCGUCGCUCGGUUCGAGGAAUCGCGCGGGGUGGUCCACCAGAUCAAGCUCGUCAUCGUGGCCGUCCGCCACAUUCUCCAGGACGUAGACCAAGGCCCGCUCCCCGUGGAUGGAAGUGCGGCCCUGCGGAUCAAGGCCAAGAAUCGCGUAGCUACCACGACAAACAACAUGAUCACAGCAGCCCGCAACUUCGCCAGCUCCAGCGGCUUGUCGCCCGUAUCGUUGCUCGAUGCGGCAGCUUCGCAUCUGGCCAUUGCCAUCGUGGAGUUGAUCCGCGCGGUAAAGAUCCAGGCAUCGCCUGCCAACGAGCUGGAGGAUGAUGAGGCCGAGGUGGCGCAGAUGAAUGGCCAAGGCUACUUCGAGACUACUGCUAGCCAAAGACGGUACAGCAAUGGCUCUGAGUACAGCGCUAUGAGUCCCCCCGACCAUAGCCAUAUCUCGUCAAUCCAGAAUGGAAUUGUCAAUGGUUAUGGCGCCGCGCAGGAGGACCACGCAGUCCAAGAACUGAAGCUAUAUGUCGAAGACCAAACCGACGGCCUCGUUCAAUCCAUCCAGUCCUUAGUCGCCAGCAUCCGCGCCGAGGACGGUCUGACCACUGUUCAGACCCAUGUCUCGGCCAUUUCCGACGUUGUCGCCAACGUCGUCUCCUCCACCGAGCACCUGGUUCACGAGCGUAGCAGCGACAAAGCUCUGCGGGAGCGCGCCGAGCCCAUCGUCCAGGUCUUGGACGAAUGCCGCGCCCGACUGGAUGGAACUGCCGCUGAGGGCCCGGGCGCCAUUAACAAGUUGCCGCCUAUUGCAUUUGAGAUCGCGCGCCAGACCAAGGAGCUUGUGCAUCGUCUUGACGCAGCUGCGAAUGGAUAUGAUGACGAGGACUUCCGAUGA